AGUGAACAGCAACAAAACUUUAUUAGCAAACAGAAAACACAUGCAGCAAACACGCCUCCUCGGUCUGUCAUACAACCUGCAAUAGAGCUGCAAUGUAGCUGUACUCACAGUUAUAUUAACAUAACCGACGUUUUCUGACGCGUUGAAUCAUGUUUUUCUAGUCGACUCCUGUUGAAACGCUUCUUAUUCAUCUACCGCUCACCUGUACAGCUGUCUGCAGCUGGUAAGAUGCUUCUCCGGACGUUGUGGUCCAGAUUGGGAGCCCAGCGGCCUGUAGAGAGGAAACCAGUCUGCAUCUGGGCCUCGGCUUGUCUCUCCCAGUCCGUCCAACCACACCGGUAUGAAUCCAAACCCAGGACUCACUCAGACUGCUCUUCCACAAGGAUCUUAUCAAGGACCUAUCAUUUAAACACUCUUCACCAACAGCAGAAGCCUAUAAGUCAUGUUCUGCCUGCUUUAGGUGGAUUUAAAAGUCUCAGCAGCACUUUGUUAACUGACCCUGGGAUGCUGAUGACAUGUGGAAGUGGACAGAAGCGUUUUUAUUCACCUGACCUUGUGAAGUCGGUGUUAAAUCCAGUUUUAAAACCAGCAGUGGUGCCUGGGAAAAGGAUUCCUAAAGGACCAAGAACAAAACAACCCUCCAGAACCAACCAGCCUUCCGUGAAUGUUGACAAGGAUAUGAUGCUGUGUAUUGCCUAUGCAACAGCAGAUCAGUAUCAUUUGCCAACACUUUGCCACGACUUGAUAAGCCACGGCUUCCAUGAGAUAGAUUUACCAAGAGAUGCCUCAAACGUGCUGGGGAUCAGCACAGACGUGGCUGCAAAACCAGAUGACGAUGCACUAAUGUUCUUCUUCAGGGAAGGCUCUGUUGUUUUCUGGAAUGUUGAAGAGAAAAUGAUGAAAAGGGUGAUGAGAAUAUUGGAACAUCAUGAGAUCCAGCCUUAUGAGGUAGCAUUAGUCCACUGGGAAAAUGAGGAGAUUAACUACACCGUUGGAGAGGGAAACACGAAGCUUGAGCGCGGCAACUUUAUUCUGAGUGACGCGAUGGAUCAACAUGAAGCUGUUCUGGAGAAAUUUGCAUUUUCAAAUGCACUAUGUUUGUCAGUGAAGCUGGCGAUAUGGGAGGUGGCUUUAGACAGCUUUGUAGAGUCAAUUCAAUCAAUUCCAGAGACGCUGAAGUCUGGCAAUCGAGUUAAGUUGUCCUCCGCAGAGGUUAUGAAGAAGAUAGGCGAGCUUUUCACGUUAAGACACUGUAUAAACCUGAGGUCUGACCUCCUCAUGACACCUGAUUUCUACUGGGACCGAGAAAACCUGGAAAAACUCUACGAUAAGACUUGCCAGUACCUCAGCAUCAACCGCAGAGUCAAUGUUGUGAACGAGAAGCUGGAACAUUGUACACAGUUAGUAGAUCUGAUGAGGAGCCACCUGAGUGAGAAGCACAGCUUGAGGUUGGAGUGGAUGAUCAUCAUCCUCAUUGCUAUUGAGGUUAUGUUUGAACUUGGAAAAAUGAUCUUCUGAACUGCUCCUCCAACACACCAACACAAAUGUAUAAAGGACUCUGGGAGCUACAGAGGAAGAAUGCUGCUCUAUUCAAACGGUACUCUGUGAUAUGUGACGAUGUUUUCUGGAAGCAACUGAAAUCAUGAAGCGGACCUGAAAUCUUUUUGAAUGUCUUACUGAUUAUGUUGCAUAGUAUUCACAUUUCAACAACACACAAUACUUUUUGUUUUUACUGUUUUGCUGAAGAUCAUGGCUGAAAACAAAGUGCAUCCGUGGGACUAUUUAACUUUUGGGAUCAGCUGACCACACAGUACUGUUGUCUUUAGUUUUGUUUGCUGAAUUUAUGUGUUUAACAAUGUUCAUUUCAUUUUUACAUAAUGUUCAAAAGUCUAUGAAUCAUAUUCAGUAUGAAAGAUGCUGUUUUUUAAAGGAGGGCAGACUCUCACCUCAACAUGUGACAUUAUUCUUGUGACUGAAACACUAACAGUAAAAAAAAAAAAGAAAACAAGAUGCGGUAAUAUAUUCAAAUUUAUCAAUUUCAAUAACUCCAAAUGUGAGUGCUGUUAUAAGAUAUGCAAUAAAGUGUUUUAAAUGUUGUUUUA